AUGAGCGUGGUGAUCCGCAACGCGCAGCGGGCGGUGGUGGUGCGGCGCGCCCCGCUCCGCCGCGCCGUCGGCGCCCUGCGGGCCGCCCUGGGUGCCGCCCGCUUCGACGUGGCGCUGGUCUGCGCCAGCAACGGCACCAUGCGGCGGCUCAACGCGGCCUACCGGCGGCGCGACGAGCCCACCGACGUGCUCUCCUUCCCCUUCCACCAGGUGGCCGCGGGGGAGCUGCCGCGGCCCCGCUUCCGCGACGAGUACAACCUCGGGGACAUUUUCCUGGGGGUGGAGUACAUCGGCGAGCAGUGCCGCCGCAGCGGGGAGGACUUCGACAGCGUCCUCGCGGUGACUGCAGCCCAUGGAUUGUGUCAUUUGCUUGGCUACCAGCACAACACGAAAUCACAGUGGCAACAGAUGUACCAGAAGGAGAAGGAGAUCCUGGAGGAGCUGAGCAGAGCCACCGGCGCCGAGCUCCGGCCCCUGACAGCGGACCUCUUCUGAGGGAGCCGGCGGGGGGGAGGGCUGUCGGCGGACGUGCCGCCACCGGCGGCGCCCCAGUAAAGCCGCUUUUGCUCCGC